UUUGAGGCAGCGGGCCUUGGGCACACCAUGUGCAUGCAUGUGGUGUGUCGCUUCCAAGUAGACCCCUAUCCCAAUCUCACUUUUCCACCACCCUACUGGUUGGGUUCUGCUCAUGCCUCCCCAUGACUCGUUCAUCCCAUUACUGCCUUCGCCAUGGAAGUAGCGCUCAUGUUCUUCUUCCUGCUUUAUUUCUCUGUCAUCUGAACACUUUGUUACAGCUGUUUCCUAAUUCUAAAACCUUAAGACUGCCGAGUCUUAAUGGCAUCACGGUAUACUCAAAGACAUGUCCAUCUUUCACAUGACUUUUCCCCAUGCGCAAACCACGUAAAAGACGCCACUUGUUUUUCUCAUCAGUGCAGACCUCAGCAUACGACCCACCCCUCUUGUCUCAAAUGGUAGCCGUUUCUCUUUGGUUUUUUCUCCUUGCCAGUGACCUUGUUUAAUCUCAAUGUGUGUGUGUGUGUGUGUAUAUGAGAGAGAGAGAGAGAGAGAGAAUACCACAAUCACCUAGUGCUACACCCAAUGCUUUCAGAUAUCUUCUUGUGUGGUUUCUCCUCUGCUUCCCACCCUCUAUCUUUGUCAUCUCGAUCCAUAUGAGUAAAGCAAGCCUUUGACACACACACACCUUGCUGUUCUUCCCUCCAAACGCAACCAUGCAAGCCACCAAAUCAUUCGAGCAAGCUUUCCUGAAGCAAAUGCUUAUUGGCAUCCAACUUUCUGCUGUUUCACACGGAAGCGGGAGUCUUCAGGAGAGGAAGAGCGCCAUCAAGCUCUCGGCCGAUGUCGCCAUGGCCGUCGCCAGAGGUAGCAAAAAAUGGACUCGUGGCCUCAUCGCUAGCCUCUCCAAGGAAGAGCACAACAGGUCCUUCCUUCAGUUCGUCCUUGGAAAGGAGUCUGAGAGACCAGCCAAGAUUUGCCACAGCUCAUGGAAGAUCCCAAGAAGCAAGAAUAUCGUGAGGAGGAGCCUUAGGUUUCUGUCCAAGAGGAAGAGCAACAUACGUGCACCGAAUAGCAGCGUUCUUGCCGGGACACUAGUGGAGAAGAGAACACAAGUGCUCAAGAGGCUUGUCCCCGGGGGUCAGUCCAUGGAUGCGUUCUCCUUGUUGGACGAAACCCUAGACUAUGCCGCCUGUCUUCAAGCUCAGGUGGAUGUAAUGCAGAAGCUUAUGACAACUCUCGAAGCAUCAAAACAUAGAGCUGACAGUGACGCACAGCGCCCCAAAGAAAAGUUUCAUCUGUUGGCAAUGGUGGGAAGCUGGUAUUCCACGAGGAAAGGCCUCCGGAAAAGGCUCAGCAAGAGGCCAAAGCUCACACUGUAGCAUGGGAGGAACGUGUACUCUGCGGAAAGUAACGUGAGAAGAAUGUAAUGCGUGCGUCGGUGCUUUGUAUUGAUCGCUCUUCUGAAACUGCUAAAGAUUGGAGAAUGUCGAAACGUGGAGGAGAUCAUAUGUAUAUUGGAGAGAGGGAUAAAGCAGUGAAGCUUUUGCUUCCCCAUUAAUAUUACUGGCUCUUGUUUUGUGUGAAA